AUGCCGAAGUAUGCUAAAUUCCUUAAGGACCUUCUAAAAUGUAAGGAGAGGAUAGGUGAGCUUUCGAACAUUCCUUUGACCAGAGGUUGUUCCGCGGUGGUCUUGAAUAAGCUACCAGAGAAAUUAACCGACCCGGGUACAUUCACCAUUCCAUGCCUUUUUGGGGGAGCCGUUACCCCUGCUCAUGCUCUAGCUGAUUUAGGCGCUAACAUCAAUCUGAUGCCAUUCUCUUUGUAUGAGAGGUUAGGUUUAGCAGAGCUUACACCCACGCGUAUGUCGUUGUCCUUGGCCGACCGUUCGGUCAAGUAUCCUCGUGGGAUAGUGGAGAAUCUGUUGGUUAAAGUUGAUAAAUUCGUAUUUCCCGUAGAUUUCGUCGUUCUUGACAUGGAGGCCGAUGAGAGAGUUCCUAUUAUUUUGGGUCGUCCAUUCCUUAGAACCGCAAAGGCGAUCAUCGACGUCUUUGACGGUAAGAUUUCUCUUCGUGCGGGUGACGAGAUUGUCACAUUCGAGAUCGAUAGAGCCAUUGGGGCUGACCUAGUAGGUGAGGGAGUUGUUGACGAGAUUGAUGUAGAAAAGGUUGAGGAGGAGCAGUUGGAUGAGAGCGAUGAGUUGUGGGUUCCAGAGAUGUUGGAACUUAAUGAGGUUAGUGAUGAGAGUACUCCUUUAGACAUUCCACCGCCAUUAGAACUUAAGGCUCUUCCAUCACAUCUUGAGUACGCUUUCUUAGGAGAGAAGCCGAAUAUGCUCGUCAUCAUCUCUUCGAAGUUGAUGGAGGAGGAGAAAGUAAGGUUGAUUGAGGUGCUGAGGAAACAUAGAGAGGCGAUUGCAUAG